AUGAUUCUAUGUCCACUAUUAAAUAUAAAUCUCCUUCCAAAAUUUUUACCACUAAUUAAACAAACAAGAAACAUAAGACCUAUUAUAAAAAUAGGUAAAGAUAAGUUCCAGUUGUGCAUAGACGUACACCAAUUCAAAAAAGACGAAAUAAGAGUGAAAGCACGUCCAGAAUACGUAAUCAUUGAAGGGAAACAAGAGAGGAAGACGAAAAGAGGUUGCAUUGUCCGUCAGUUCGUGCGGAAGUUUAAACUUCCUGAAGGUUGCAAUCCCCAGAAAAUAAAAUCAGAAUUGUCUAAAGAUGGUUUUUUAACAAUCACAGCACCUAGGAACCUUUGUGACAUUAACUUACCAUGUGAAACCGUUGUAACCAUUAAAAGUACAUCCAAAAAUGCUGAACCUUCAAGUCUAAUGGAAGAUAAACCUGUAACUACCACACCAUCAGAUAAAAAAAAACAUUAG